AUGAGCACAUACCGCAGCUCUUCCCCCUCGAACACGCUCAAACCUCGGUGGUCGGUCGCACAGUCUCAAAAGUUCCACAUAAAGGGACGUGCAAAGCUCGACAAGAUCCCUUUGAGAAUGCUGACACGCGCUCCACUUGCUUUGCUCGCUUCGCUCUCCUUGGCAUUGUGCGCUUCGGCAGCCUCGGACACUUCAAAGCCAGCCAAGAUGGCGAGCUACACCCUCUUCACAGCUGGAUACAAUGGCACCAUCGUGCCAUACUCGGUCGAUGCAGACAAGGGCCAGCUCGAGCGUAUCUCGCACGGCGUGCAGGUCAACUCGUCCGGUACUUCGCCCUCGUGGAUCGCCUACACGUCCGGUCAUCACGGCCACGCAAAGCACUCGGAUCUGCAUCUGUACUCGGUUGACGAGACCGCGCCGGGCAGGCUCUUCUCGCACACGUACCAAGCUGCCAAGGGCACCAUCGUUCAGACGGGCACGCAUCUGCAGCGCACCAACGGGACAUCGUCGGGAGGCGAUGGCCCCGUCAGCUGCCUUGUCGGACACGGUCCCAGCAAGGGUCUGCUAUUUGUGGCCAACUACAAUUCGGGUACCGCUGCGGUGGUUUCGAUCGACAAGCACGAUGGAACGCUCGCCAAGGAGGCCAAGCACGUGUUUCAGUUCACGCGCCCUGCAUCCGCGCCCAAGCUGGGUCCGGUGCCCGAUCGUCAGGACCACUCGUAUGCGCACCAGGUGAGCAUCGCUCCCUCGGGCCGCUGGGUGUACGUCUGCGACCUUGGUGCCGACCAGAUCCACCACCUUCGCAUCGACGAGUCGCACAACGUCGAGUUUGUCGCCAGCACCGAUGUUCCCGCAGGCUCGGGCCCGCGUCACAUCACAUUCUACCGCGACUGCUCCGGCAAGGACUUCGCCUACCUCGCCUCGGAACUCGACAACACGGUCAGUGCCUUCGCACACGAUGACGCCACAGGCAAACUGGAGCGCAUCCAGGAUCCUAUCCUUGCCUCUCCUCCCGGCGAGCCUCUGAGUGGACCGGGCAUUCUGCCGACCAACCGUACCACCGCCGAGAUCGCUGUGGUCCCCGCGGGCGACUUUGUCUACGUCUCGGAUCGCGGUGAUGAGGAGGAAGACCACAUCUCGAUCUUUAGCAGGGACACCGAGACGGGCAAGCUGAGCUUUGUCGAGUGGAUCAAGAGCGGUGGUCGUAUGCCACGACACUUUAGCCUCAGCUCGGACACGGGCCGUGACGACAGCGCCCGCUGGCUCGCCGUCGGCCACCAAACCGACCAGAACAUCGUCAUCUUUGAACGUCAUCCCGACACAGGCAAGCUCACCCGAGCCGAUACCAGAGCCAACAUCGGCCAGGUCGCUUUCACCGGCUUUGCACCUUUCUAG